AUGCCUUCCCAAGCAGCCACCGACCCGGCCUACUCCGAGGCCACCACCCCCAACGGCCAUGACAACGUCCCGUUCUUCGACGAGACCCAGAAGGCCGAGGCCCGCAAGAUCAAGCCCAACACCAUCAUGUACGCGAGCAUCCUGGUGGCGCUGCUGCAGCCCUUCCAGAGCGGCUGGUCGUCCUCGCAGACCAACCUGUCGCAGUACAACGACACGGACGAGUGCAACGCGCGGCCCGUGGCCGAGGACACGUGCCUCAUGUUCCCGGGCCACUCCAAGCUCGAGUGGACGUUCGCCGUGAACGCAUGGAUCUUCGGCGGCAUGGUCGGCUCUCUGUUCUGCGGCCACUUCAGCGACCUGUGGGGCCGCAAGAAGCUGCUCUUCGUCAACUGCAUCUUCAUGAUCGUGGGCGCCGUCGUCGAGGCGUCCGUGUCGAACGUCUGGGCCUUCUCGGCCGGCCGCCUCAUCGCCGGCAUCGCGUCGGGCACGGCCACGGGCACGCUCGGCGCCUACACGAACGAGCUGACGCCGCCGCACAUGCGCAACAUCCUGGGCCUGGGUCUGCAGAUCUCGGUCACCAUCGGCAUCUUGUUCCCGGCCAUCACCUUCUUCUUCGCCAACACGAGCUCGGGCUGGCGCUACCUGGCGGCCUUCCCGGUCAUCCUGGCCGUGCUGUUCCUGGUGCUGGCGCCGUCGCUGUGCGUGGAGAGUCCGGCGUGGCUGCUCAUGAAGAACCGCCGCGAGGAGGCCAAGCAGGUCAUCGCGCGUCUGUACGGCGAGGAGCAC